UCUUGCAAAUAGAACUCUAGUGACAUUAAAAUGUCUUACACAGUACGUUAUAUUAUUGAUGUUAGCAAAGCCCUUAUGUGAGGCAUACUGUAAAAUCAAUGAAAUCUGCCACAUAUGAAUAAAUGAAGUUUAUAAUCAUUUACAUCAAACAGGACAUUGAAACUACCCUGAGCUAAAGGAAAUACAUUUGGUAUCUUAAUUAUUAGUAUUUAGGUAAAUGAAUCUAAUUUAAACUUUGUACGUUAGCCUAAAUUUCUCAAACUGUCUUUUUAAUGUAGCCCAAGGCAAAGAUGAAGACAGCUCUCCCCAAAGAUGAGUUGAUGACUAACUCAAAAGAGAGGACUAGCGAUGAGCUGCAUAAGUCAGGUUCUGAAGGUAAUGAAAGUCAGGCACCCAGCUGUAGCAGCCUCGGAUCAGGAUCAGUCUCCAAAGUGGAGUUUCUGGAAGAAAAGAUUCUCUGGCAGGAAAGGAUGAUCAAGGACCUUGAAGAAGAGCGAGAUUUUUUGCGUGCCCAAAUCCAGGGGGGGGAGAAGAAAACAACUCAACAAAAAGCCUUUACUUUGGAAGAUGACAUGAGCCCCAAUGACAUGGAAGAUGACCACCCCCCAUCUUCCCCAAAUAUUAGUAUGUCGUCCGACAGUGAUGUCACUUCAAGACAGCCAAAACAUUCCAAGCGUCAUCGCACUAGGUCACUCACACCCACAUCUGCAACUCGGGCUCACCCUGGGCGAUCUCAUAGAGUCAAGGGGCCAGCAGAGGUCAUCCAGCGGUACGAUAAAGUUCUGAAUACUUUUUCACGGGUCCGAACGAUGACUGAAGCUUUCCGCAUCAAUGAUGUGGAUAGAGGCACCAUCAAGAUGACAGCGCCGAUUGCAGAAUUGAAAUAUGUGCACCCAGAAAAAUUUGCAUCCUUGAAAUUCGACCCUACUACGGAGACACUCCUGGCCUUUGCCAGGAAAUGCGCACGUAACAUCACCCCAGAAAAGCGAAUCAUAAUCGAGGAUAUGAAAUCCAAGGGAAAACUCCUCCCUUUGCUAAUCAAGUAUUAAAAGGAUUGGACAUGCUUUUACCAGUUUUAACACUUUUAAAACGAGUUGUUUAAAAGCAGUUAAAGAAAAGGUUUGGUUUAAAAACGUUUAGGAAAUGUAAAGUUAAUUCUGCCAGUUGUUUGUUGUUUAACUGGUCUUCAAUUUGGACUCAGGCAUCUGUUUACAUGUGAUUACAUUUACAGUAGCCUUACUGUCUUUUUGAACUGUUGUCUGCUGAUUACUGUAUGUUUUGCAUUGACCUGAGUCUUUGCAUUUAGUAGUUGUGGUUGUACAAAUAUAGUAAACACUGUUCUAUUGUAAAUGCCAUUUUGAAUAUUGUUUUGAAAUGUCAAACUAGACCUGUCAGUUGUUUGGUUGUUUGACUGGGCUGGCCACUGGCUUCAAUUUGGACUCAUGCGGACAUAAUUAUGUUGUCCUUGAACAUGAAAGAGUCAUUUGCAUUGACCUGAGUCUUUGUAUUUAUUUUUGUUGAGCUGAAUGUAUGGCUUGACUGUUUACAGUUUACAAUAAAUGUUCUUGUACUUGUACUAAC